CAGUCUAUGACCAAGGCGGUGAUGUGCGCAUCGCCUCCGCAGACCCGCCCCACAGCGACCGCCAAACCCGGCUGGGGAGCGAGGGGCCUGGGCUCCCUCCCGGGCCCUGGCGAGGAAGCACCGACCGCCGGGAAGGGAGGGCGGGCCGCAGGGCAGGGGAGACCCCGGGGGGCAGGCUGGGGUUCCACACAGCGCCACGCUGCAGCCGCUCCUGAAAUGGGAACUGCUUGAGCGAGGGACUGGAGGCCGUGGCCAGAGGGGAGGGGGCUGAGGGGAAGGCGGGAAAGAGAAAGGGGAGGGGCCGAGCCGGAGGUGGAGGAGGGCGUUGAAGUGUGUGUGUGUUGGGAGGGGGGGGGCCUCCUUUCCCUGCGGACGGCGCUGAUUGGGCCAUCGGAAUCCGGGAGCUGAUUGGCCGCGUGGGCGAGGCGGAGGGGCCGUGCGCAACGGCGUGUGUGGGGCCGUGUGCAGACCCGCGUGUGGCGCAGGCUAGGACCCCGAAAAUAAACAGCCGCUGCCGCCGCCGUCGUCCCUGUAGCGUCUUUGAGAGCUGAAGCUUCCGACCUCGCUGCCGCCGCGGGCCCUCUCCAACGUCUUAGAAGAUCUAAGUGCAGCAAUGAGCAGCAACGAGUGUUUCAAGUGUGGACGCUCUGGCCAUUGGGCCCGAGAAUGCCCUACUGGAGGAGGCCGUGGCCGAGGAAUGCGGAGCCGUGGAAGAGGUGGUUUUACCUCAGCGAGAGGUUUCCAGUUUGUUUCUUCAUCUCUUCCAGACAUCUGUUACCGUUGUGGUGAGUCUGGUCAUCUUGCCAAGGAUUGUGAUCUUCAGGAGGAUGCCUGCUAUAACUGCGGUAGAGGUGGCCACAUUGCCAAGGACUGCAAGGAACCGAAGCGAGAGAGAGAGCAAUGCUGCUACAACUGUGGCAAGCCCGGCCACUUGGCUCGAGACUGCGACCAUGCAGAUGAGCAGAAGUGCUAUUCAUGUGGAGAGUUUGGGCACAUUCAGAAAGAUUGCACCAAAGUGAAAUGCUAUAGGUGUGGUGAAACUGGUCAUGUAGCCAUCAACUGCAGCAAGACAAGUGAAGUCAACUGUUAUCGCUGUGGCGAGUCAGGGCAUCUUGCACGGGAAUGCACAAUUGAGGCUACAGCUUAAUUAUUUUCCUUUGUCGCCCCUCCUUUUUCUGAUUGAUGGUUGUAUUAUUUUCUCUGAAUCCUCUUCACUGGCCAAAGGUUGGCAGAUAGAGGCUACUCCCAGGCCAGUGAGCUUUACUUGCCGUGUAAAAGGAGGAAAGGGGUGGAAAAAUCGACUUUCUGCAUUUAACUACAAAAAAAUGUUUAUGUUUAGUUUGGUAGAGGUGUUAUGUAUAAUGCUUUGUUAAAGAACCCCCUUUCCGCGCCACUGGUGAAUAGGGAUUAACGAAUGGGAAGAGUUGAGUCAGACUAGGAAACCUUUCUGGGUUUCUUGGAUGUGAUCCCAUGCAGGAGGUAAAACAGAUUCUGGAAGUGUCUUUGAACUUCCAUAAGUAACUUUAAUUGUAGUAUAAUGAUGGCCUUGGAUUGUCUGACCUCAGUAGCUGUUAAAUAACAUCGAGUAACAUCUGUAUCAGGCCCUACAUAGAGCAUCUAGUCGAGUGGGAGUAAAAAGAUGUAUAUGCCUGUUAAUGGCCAUGAGAGAGAGAGAAAUCAGGAAAAAAAACCUAAACAGUAACAACUCCGUCGCAAUGUGAAUGCUGGAGAUACAGAUGGUGAAGGCAAGGUUUGAAAUAAAUUUUUCUAAAACUAAAACUAAAACCCAGAGUAAACAUCAAUGCUUCAGAGCAAGCAUAAUUUGGAGCUAUUCAGGAGUUGCAGAGAAAUGCAUUUUCACAGAAAUCAAGAUGUUAUUUUUGUAUACUAUAUCACUUAGACAACUGUUGAGUUUUAUUUGCUGUAAUCAGUUUUUAAAAGUCAGAUGGUAAAAGCAACUGAAGUCCUAGAACAUAGAAAUGUAAUUUUAAACUAUCAAUAAAGCUGGAGGAGGAAGGGGAGUUUGACUAAAGUUCCUUUUGUUUAUUUCAAAUUUUCAUUAAUGUACAUAGUGCAAAAUGCCAUAUUAAAGAGGGGACUGUGGAGGACUGAAAAGCUGACAGUUUGGACUUUUCUUUUUGUACUAACUCAAUCAUGUCUUCAAUGGUUAAAGUUAGCAAUUAAAACAUGGAAAGGCAUGGGGUUAAAAAUUGUGUCAGAUUAUUUUGCAAAAGAAUAUAGAAAAUGCUUAUCAUCCAUUUACAUAUUCAUAAUAGCAACUUUUUAGGUUUUUCAUAAUUCUAAAUUAUCUCAACAUAGUUGCUACAAUUUAGUCUUAUAUAUUUGUUGACCUAUAUGUAGAACUAAAAUGUUGUGCCUCCAGGAUAUGAGAGCUAGAAAGAAUCUUUAGAGAGUCCCUUAAUAAUUUUCCUGAGGUCAACCUAGUGAGGGUAGGGGCUGAGCUGCAAUCAAGCUCAGGUCUCCUGGUAUGCUGUGAAUAUCCACUCCUACACCACAGCUCCCCUAUGUAUAUAAUCAUGGUUCUUUUGGGGAGACAAUAGGCCCAAUGAAAAUAUUUAGUAAGUGCCAUUAUAGACAAGGCACUGUGUUUAGCCACUUGUGAUACAAAAGGAAAAGUAUUCCCUACUCAAGGAAGUUUACCUGUCUUUACCUUCUGAUUUGGGGGGGGGGGGUUAAAUAGAUUCUUCUAUCAGUUAUUCACUUAGUGGAAAUUUUGACAUUAUCACUUCAAGGUUGAGAUCUUGGUGCUUCAACUUGAAGGGUCCUUUGGGUAUUGCAACUUUGCAUUGAGUUCUGAGUUUCAUAGGAACUUGGCCAAAAGGAAGGGGAAACAUGGGUUGUAGAUAAAUAUUACAUUUCCCAAAGUGUUCAGUGGAUGCUAACAAUACUUAAAUAAAAGCAGUAGUUAUUUUAUUGAAAACUACUGCAUGUUGGGCAACUUAGGGGAAAUUAACACUAAUAAACAAUAAUGUCUUAAAUCUUUACAUUUUUGUAUGAAGCAAUGCAAAAGUUUAGUGGACACCAGGGACAGCUCUGCUAUUUAAUAAGUCGAAGAAAGAUGAUUUUUCUAAUCUUGUAGAAUCACUGGAUACUGCUUGCCUAUAAAACACACUGAGUGAAAUGCAAAGGGACAAAAUUACAGCCCACUCUGGCAAUAUUAACUUUUACUCUAGAACUCUUAGUCCGAGCUUCCCCCCCCUCCCCCCCCCCUUCCCAGCAUAAACUUUUGAUGUUUUUCAAACACAGCUUUAUGCAUCAGCUUAGGGAGCCACCUUUGGCAACUGAAGAGUCUGAGGUGAUGUUGCUUACAUGUAGGAUGGAAUGGCAGAUGCCAAGACUGGGGUAGGAUUUGUGAUCUGGAUGUUGGGAAGGCACAAGGGGAUUUCACUUGCACUUAGAAGAGCUGUUGCAUUCACCCAUCCAUCUUUAUGUUGGCAGUACCUAGGAACUUUGUGUUUUGAGAACUUUCUGAGGCUAGCAAGAAACACCUAUCCUUACCAGAGCACAAAGUGUUCCCUCCUAUCAUACAUUCCAUUUUUGUUUUUAAGUUUACCUUGCUUUUCUGUAGCCUGAACACAUUGAACAUGGAAAUGUUCCUUUUGGAAAGAGGUUGCUAGUGCACUGUUUGUGUGUGGAUUUGUGUGUGUGUGUGUGUGUGUGUAAGUGUAAGUAGACACUUUCCUGUGAAAGAGUUAAUUCUACUCCUGAGUAAUUGGAUGUGCAAAGAGCAGUGUGGAAUAAUACCAUGGAAUGGAUGAAGGCACUAUCCAGCCUGUGUAGGAACUACUGUUGGAGCUGAAAUUUUCUUGUUAAUGUAUAUAUGAAUGGUGUUUUAUAAAUGUGUGGUCUGUGUUGGGGAGAGGUGACUUCCCUUUGGAUCAGCAGGGUUUACCUGGAAAUUAAUUCCUCUCACCAGAGGAUUGACAUGAACACAAGAAAGCCAGUACAUUUACAUUAAAUAUCACAUGUUCUAAGGAGUUUACAGAAGCAUUUUAGUUGUACCUUUUUUGAUCUACACCGUUAGUGUAUCUUUAUGCUUGUUAGGGAAAAGAUUAGAUGUUAUUCUCUCCACUCAAGCCACCUUUUAUUUUUCUUCUAUGUGCAUUAUUAGAAACAAAUCAGACUUGAAUCUUGGGGUUGUUUAGGGAACUAGAACCAGGAUUAUAAACCCCCAAAUAACCAAUGUUUUAUGUUAUAGCAUUUGCCUCCUUGGCCUUUUGAUGCAGUGUUUCUCUUAUUGCUUACUGAUUUUGAUCAUUCUUGCUCUUAACACUGUCCUGCCAUAUCCUAGUAACAUUUAUUUACUUGUUUAAUUGGAGAGAAGAAGCUACUCAAUGUAGUGCCUGAAGAGAAACUCUUGGACAAUAAAUAUUUAUAGCUAAGUCAAAACUUCGUUGAAGUUUUAUCUUGUCACAUCAAUGCCUUAAUGGAAAGUGGCCCACAUGUUUCCUGGAUGUCACUUUGUAUGGGCUUGCUGUAAGUGAAGUAGUGUUCUUCCAUUAAACUUUCAGCAAGUUUAUACUCUUAUUUUGAGGAGAAUCGACUGUAAGUGUGUGUAUAGUACUAUUGAAUAAAAUGUUAUUGAGCAUUACUGAAGGAUUUGAGGGGGAAAGAGUUUAUAAAACAUUCAAUGUGGUAAGUCAUUUUCCUCGUUUGUAUGGCAGUCCUGGGGGAAAGCCCAUCUAGUCAUGCCCAGUAACAUCAGAGGGAGGUGCAAGGAGUAGUUAAUAGUGUGUAUUAUGGUUAGGAUGAUUAGCUGACAUGAUGUAGUUCUGUGUUGUCUGGCACUUUGGAGUUGUUUUCCUGGUAGGAGUGGCUUAUUUUGGGUCACUGGAUGCAUGAAACAUGGGAGAGGUGCCUGGGGUUUUAAGAUGCUGAUUUAUCAAGCAGUUGUUCUUCAAAGUUAAGGGGUUUGUUCUUCAAAGUUAAGGGGUUUUGGAAAGAUGGACCGGUCAACCUCAGACCAUGCUCUUGACCAAUUGAGUAUUACUUUCAACCCAGGUAUGCCCAGCAAGGAAGCUACAUUGUGUUAACAUUUUGCUAUGAAGUGCCAUUCAUCCACCAUGAUGCCAGCAUUUUUUUCUUAAAUAAAAAUUUAAUAAUAAAAUGACCUGUUAAUUUAAUCAGUCUGUGUAUUCUUGUUUUGAGUUUUUUUUUUUUAAAUUGAAAAGGUUCCCCCUUUCUCUUCCUCUAUAUUAGGUGGUAGGUCAAGAACUUCACUCCUGCCCCAAAGAAUUAAUGUGACCUUCAGCAACGAAAGGCUUCGGUGAUGGAAUUAACUUACUGACUGACGCAUUGGUUACAUCUAAGGCAAAUAAUGCACCAAGGACUCAUGAUAGGUUUGUGCUUUCAGGAAUCCAACUCAGCAUUAGAAAAUGACCUGUUCUCUGGAUCAACAGAGCACUUCAAUUUGAUGCCAUUCAAAGUAGAUUCACUUAAAGUUCAAAAAAUAGAAGGUUUUGGGUCAGAUGCUAAUUUUUUUUGCAAUGAUACUUGGUGUGGGGGUGUCUCUAAUAACAGGUGUGUUAGCAAUCUAAUUUAAAUUCCAUAAAUAUGUCAUGAAAGGUGUUUUGUUCUUAAAGGAGUGCCAAAAGAACUCUAAUUCAUUUUUGUCUUCAUAUCUCCCUCUUUUCCCUUUUUGGAGGGUGGAUAUAAAAUAUAACUUUUUCUUUGGCUAUCUUUUCUUUUUGACUUCCCAGUGGCUCUGUAACUAUUCCUUUAGCUGUGUACUUUCAAUACUAUCUUGGUUCUGUUUGAUACAGUUCUCCUGGCUUAGUGCUUUGUUAAUGUCCCACUCCUGGAAUUGCCCAGCCCUCCCUAGCAGUUUUUCAAAUUACUUCUGAAUGUGGCUACUCUGAACAUUAUCAUUCCAAGAUAAAAACAAAAAACUGGUACACUAUGUUUUGAGAAAAUUUGUUAUCCAAAGAAAUGGAAAAAUCCAAAGACUUGAUUAAUUAAUUUUUAUACAUGUAAAUAUAAGGCUAAUAAUUCACUUUCUCAUUACAAAAUCCUCCAGUGCAAGGGCCCAAGAUUUUGUGGAUAGAAAUCACAUUCAAACUUACCAUUGAAAAUUUUUCUUGACACCUUUAUGUGUAGAUUAUGCAGCACUCAAUUUAUAAUUAAAUAGGCCAGAACUGACAGAAGGCUGUUAAGUUUCAUAUGAAUAGUAUACUCCAAAAAUACAUUUCAAAAUGGGCGGGGGGUCUACAUAAAAGAGUAGUAUUGAUGAAAUUGAAAAUCCUGUUUAACUCAGAUUUGUGCUGUAUCAGAUCCCUUAAUACCUUUAAGAAUAUAACUGAAAAAUUGUCACAUCCCUAUGACUUCAGAAAAAUUGCUUUUAUUUAAAAGUUAUGCUAUAAAGAGAACCACAAUUUUAUGGUAAUCUGGAUUGAAUAGAAACUUAAGUCAAAUCAACAUGUCAUUUAACCAUGAGAAAAGACCAAGGGUAAUCAAUUUUGCCCAUUUCUUAGUUUUAGAUUUUAGGCCAUUCCUACUUUGUUGCUGAAGAACUUCUUGGAAAGAUUUGUUGUAAGAUCCAUCUUUUCCCAUGGGGCCACCAGUACUGUUAUAAUUAAGGAUUGAGUUUCUGAAAAACUUGGCAGCAAAUAGAAAUGACCAAUAGUAUAUCAUAAAACUAAAGCUACAGUCAUAAUCAUUGUUCUAUAUAUAACUGCUAGGCCCUGAAAAAGAUUUAGAAAACAUUUUCUUUUAAAAUAUUGUAGUAACAUGAAGAUAGGAAUUUCUCCAGUGCCUAAAGAGUGGAAAUAAGCAUGGUCCACAUUGAUCACCCAGGGAACAUAAAUAGAAUUUAACUCAAAGUAUUAAUGCUUUCAAUCUCUUAUUACCAACUUAGACAUAAUAUAUUCUAAUAAACAUUUAGUGACUUUCCUUGCUUUGGAAAUUAGAAGGCCCUUUUGAAAGUGACUUGCAUGGCCCUGGAAGCUUUAACUGAUGCCUUUCCAUGUGGGUGGCCUUUUUAUAGUCAUUGAAAAUCACUCCAUUGACUAGAGAGUUAAUUUCAAAUUGAAUAUUUGUUGGUGGAAUUUCUUCUACAAGUUUUUAAAUUUAGGGCUGAUUGAACAUUUAUUUGGUUCUUAGACCAAACCAGAAUUAGUACUGUUAGAAAAUUGAGUGCUGUUCUAUGACUUGUGCUAUUCUGCUGAGCUGUCUGUAAUGCUUUUGGAGGAAGUCUACAGAUGAUGGAUAUUCUUUGUUCUAUCACUGCUUUUGAAUAGAGACCAAAAGUCCUGUCUUUUCCUCCAACUUUCUUCAUCCUAAAAGUAGUCUUAUUUCACUUAUAAGGAAAUAAUCCCAGAGAUUAACUGAUUUGCUCAAGGUCUUUGAAGUGUCAUAACUUUAUGGACUAGAAAACUAGAUUGACAUUCUAUCACUGUUUUGCAUUAUUUUUUUACAAAUGAAAAACAAACCUGAAACUUGUCAAAAUCUAGUAAAUUUUAUGCCAUUUCUUUAAACAACAGAUGAUACUGAACCUUGCCUUCAGUUGUUACCUAUUCUUUAUAAAAGAAUUUUAGAAAGAAUUGUGACAACUUGGACCAUGGACUGAGUUUCUCCCUAAGACUAAUGACUGACUUAACAUUUUUCUGAGACCUUCACUCUAGUAAUCCAUCUGUUGUGACUUUUUUUACCCAAAGGAGAUAAUGCAGUAUGGAAAAAAAUGAAGGAUUGCCUUUGAAAUGAAAGGUUGCAGGGCCUUUUUUUUUUAAGUUGGCUGUGAAAAAGUGCAUUUUUUAAAAACAUAAUAUUAGGUGUUGGACUCCUGGGAGGAACUAAUUUGCAUGUUACAUUAGAUGGGAGCAAUUUAACCACAUUAUCAAUUUAACAGAUGUAUUACAAACACAUUUUUUGGUUACAGAAGUUUCCCAACCAAAAGGAUGCCUUAAAAAAAAAAGUAGCCGUUCAUGAGUGAGUUGAAGAUAAUUAUAUUAGUAUCCAUUGAUUAAGAAACUACUUCUGACACUACCAGUAUCUCAGUGGGUCCAUGAUCCUUUUAAUAUGUAAUGUUCCUUUGAGCAAUUUAAAUUGUAACGUAUCUAUUGCUCCUUUCUCAUCCUGUGUACCAUUAGUCCAUAUCUUCCUUUCAGUCCUCCACAGGAGAUCCACUCAUGUUCUGGAGACUUUUAGUUGAUGGACCUUAUUACUGCAUGUAGCUAUUGAUUUCUCUCCAUGACUGACCCAUCUCAUUUUUGGUCAUUCCAUUAAUACUUGUGUGUGCAAUGUGUUCUUGGUAUACUGCAACCUUUUCAGGAAGCUGCCCACCAAGCAUUUCUCCAGUGCCCUUUGGGUGACCAGUAACUGAUUUCCUCAGGGAUUGUGGUAUUUCAUUAUUUACAUCCAAAUAGCAUCACCAGAAGAAAGAAUAUUUUUUUUAGGGGGGUUUUGUAUGAAGGAGAUUAGAGUUGUUGAAAAGUACUGUCCAUUUUUCCCAAAGGCAAGCAAGUGCCUUCUUUCUCUUCGGUUCUGAGCCCAGCUCAUCCAUCUGCAUUUUUGUCAGCAGAGCAGCUGAAUUAACCAUCCAUCCAACUGCUUGUCAAAGACUGAACAAGUCUUCUACAUUGGUUUGUCCUGCAAGGAUAGUUUUAGGCCAAACUCAAGUGGGGUCGUGAAUCUUAAGAUGCUGGUAUCUUAUUGACAAAUGGUAUGUGUUGUAAGAGACUGCAAAACUCAUUGAGCAUACAUUUCCCUGUUAUGUCUCAGUUGGUAAUAAUCAAAAGGGGCAUAAAAGUUAUUUCUGACAAGAAAUCUUGUAUGCUCUUAUCACAUACAUGUGAGACCCUUGGGUGGAGCCUUUAUGAUGGCUUUCCUACCAAAUGCUUCCUUGUAUCCUCACCAUUUAAGGGAAUUAAGAUAGAGUGUGGUUCUGCCUGUUGUGAUAUUUUUAUCAGAAGUACCCUGGAUUUGCAUAAAUUCUCAAAAUAUUUUGUAGAGAUGAGAAAGGUAUACGGGUUGGUCAUUUGAUAUUUCCUUGAUCACUUUUUGGUAGUCAUGAUCCAUGUGUUGUGUGUGUGUGUGUGUGUGUGUGUGUGUGAUUCUUUUUUUUUUAACAGUAUUUUUCCCUCCUUGAGAUGUCUUGAAAAGAACAUCAAUCGGUAUCUUGGUGCCCUAAUAAUUAUACAAGUUGCCUUCAGCACAGACAGCCUCUGUGUAUACUUGGCUUAUUCAAUUUUUUUUUUAGGGCCAUUUUUACUUCCAGCACAGUGUGGAUUGUGAUAUUAGAAAUUAUGUUGUAACAAAAAUGAUAGAUCCUUUGUGUUUUAUAUUGUCAUCCUUUGAGUGUCAUUAAUGUUUUGGUGACGGUCUCGCUUUAAAUGGGUCUCUUGUGAGUCUAUAAACCCAUUUUUCUCUACUGCCUCUUAUUCCUUUAUGAGGUGAUAGUACUGAUACCCUUUACCAUCCUUCAACACAAAAUUUCAUAGAUAAAUUUGUUCUUAUAAACUGGUAUGCCCCUUGGCUGCCAUAUUUUCACUUGGCAUGAAGGAUUAGGUAUUUGCUGGCUGAGGCAAUUUCUAAGUUCAGAACCUUUCAGUUGCUUAUUCCACUUCCAUAGAAAAUGGUGCUGGUUUAUGCUGACAUAUAUUACUUUAGUAUCCAUUAUCCAGCAUCAGUAGUUUACUAAGUAGUUUGGGUUAGAGUUCUUUUAUUUGUAUACAGGAUCUUAAUUUUUAUGCUAAUUUGCUGCCAUUUUUUGAUAAUUUUUGACAGCCUCUCCUGUGCUUUUGCAUUGGAAUCAUCAAGAAUACGUUUGUUUAAUAUGGAGUAUCUUAAGUUCAUAUAAUUUUUCUAUCAUCUCCUUUUAAGCAAAUGUUGUAUAAGUUGCAAAGUUAUCUUUCUUUAUAAUAAUGGUCUUUUUCUCCUUUUAUCAUGAAUUCUGCCAAGUGAGAUGACCAAGUAUCCCAGGAAAUUGUUUCUUGGUUUUGGAUGCUUUAUGAAACUAUCUCUGCAAGUUUUUUUAAUCUUAUAGUUUUAGCUCCUAGUUUUAUUUAUAGCAAGAAUUUCAAUAUUGUUGUGAUUCUUAGUUCUUUGGUAAUUGGAGAAGUAUCCCACUUUUAAGAAUGUCAACAGUUAAAUCAAUGUCUAUAGGUGGUCUUUGUGAUUCUUAACAUCCUUUGUUCCCUCUCCCACCACUCUUGUCAAUGCCACUGAAGGGGCAAAGAAGGGCCACCAGGAUUGAGGGUCACUGUAUUUUUCAUAGUGGAACCUACUAGACCUCACAUAGCCCUUGAGAACUCAGGUUUGCCUCAGGGUGAUUGAGGCGUCACAGUAGUACUUUAGUGGGAAAAUAGAUGAUCAUUAAAAGUUUCUAUGAAUUCAGUAACACUUUUAGAAUUAAUUUGCAUUUUAUUAAUCAAUAACAGCUGUGUAUGUUUGAUAAAUAAGUCAUUCCUAUUUGUAAAAAAAAUUAUGUUCAUUAUACAGAAAGUGUGUUUGCUGCUUAUACUGGUCACCCGCAUAUUUUGUUGGAAAUAAAGAUGAAAGUAACAAAA